GUUAAAAUAUCUAUAGCAUUACAGGAUAUGUGUUUUCUUUUCCAUUUGAAGGAAAGGCCAAAACCAUGCUAAAACCCAGAAACUACACCUACCUUUAUUUCUUCAAUGGCAAAUAGAUCUCUUUCUCUGCUCGUUCUCUGUUCAAAACCCAUGACUUUAUCAACAAAAACAAUGAAAUCCACACUCUCCCCAUUCAUAUUACCCUUAAAGCCCAAAUCUUUGAACAAAUUCGUCUUCUCGUUUUCAAACAGAAUCUUCUCCUCUACAUCGACUCCUUACCCUCUUCAAUACGAGAUGAUUAUCAACCGUCCAACUCAGUCCUCCCAUGUACAAACUCGUCGCCCACCCACACGACUCAGUAAAUCAAAGUCAGAUAUCACGCCUGAAUCAGACUCAUCCCAGAACCCCGAUUCUGAACCGGGUUUUGAUUCUUGGGUCGAGCAGAAAUUAUCUGUUGAUAGAGAUAAUGAGGAGAUGGAUAAGUCUAAGAGAAAGUAUUAUAAUAAGAGGAGGAAAAGAAUGUAUGGGUCAGAUUCUGAUGAGGAAAGUAGAAAUAAAGAAGAAGGUUUUGUAGAAUUGAAGCCUGAAGUUAUAGAGUUUAAUAGUUUGCAUAAGAGAGAGGAGGAAUUGUAUUUUUAUGAUACAUUUGCUUAUCCAUGGGAGAAAGAUAAGCAUUACAAGAUGGUUUAUCAGUUGGAGAAGAAGUAUUUUCCUGACCAAUGUUUUGAUAAGGCAUUUAUAGAUCCUAGCCAGUCUGAUAUGAAUCCAUAUGGGAAAGGAAAAAGGACUCGUAGUGUUAAGAAAGGAGAGAAGAGAGAUGAUGGGGUUGGAGACAAAGAGGUAGACAAAGGGUUGGUGUUCUUUGAGGAGAAGGAUGAGAUAAAGACAAAUUCAGAGAGUCCUGUAAAUAAAGGUGUUACAGAGAGGAAAGUGGAGGAGUUCUUCAAGUGUUUGAAGAAAGUUCCCAAUAAGAAUAAUGAAGUUGGCAGUGGAGAACCUUAUCUUGUUACAAGAAGCACUGAGCUUCCACCUAGGUGGGAUGGUCCUCAUGGAACUGUGGUUUUGGUGAAUAAGCCUAAAGGAUGGACUUCAUUCACAGUUUGUGGAAAGCUGCGCCGCCUAGUCAAAGUGCAAAAGGUAGGGCAUGCUGGCACUCUUGAUCCUAUGGCAACUGGAUUAUUGAUUGUCUGUGUUGGCAGAGCCACUAAGUUGGUAGAAAGAUAUCAAGGUAUGAUUAAGGGUUAUAGUGGAGUUUUUCGUUUAGGGGAGGCAACGUCAACUUGGGAUGCUGAUUCACCGGUUAUCCAGCGUGAGCCGUGGGAGCAUAUCAAAGAUGGGGACAUAAGAAAAGCUGCUGCAUCUUUUUGUGGUGAAAUAUGGCAAGUUCCUCCAAUGUUCUCUGCCAUCAAAGUUGGAGGAGAAAAGAUGUAUGAUAAAGCAAGGCGAGGAGAAAGUGUUGAGCUUUCACCCAGAAGAAUUUCAAUUUUUCAGUUCAACAUAGAGCGAAGCUUGGAGGACAGACAAAAUUUGAUUUUCCAAGUGGUAUGCUCUAAAGGAACGUACAUUCGAUCGCUAUGUGCAGAUUUUGGGAAGGCUCUUGGCAGCUGUGCUCACUUAACUGCUCUUCGAAGAGAUUCAAUUGGAGAAUACUUGGCAGAUGAUGCAUGGGAGUUCAAAGAACUGGAAGAGGCAAUAACUAAAAAUUAUUUCUAACUAGACGUGAUAAUUUAUUGCUACCUCAAAAUUUUUUGGAGCCACGGCAAUAUCAUUGGAGAUCUGAAGAUGUAUACCAGUCGCUCCCCCAUUCAUUGCCAUUUUUCAAGUGGUUUCAUCAUUCAUUCCCACAUUAUAAUUGGAAGAAAACAUGACACAGUGAUGGGUAUUUAAGGGACACUCACACUCUGUACGGAUCAACCUUAAUAAUUUUGUGUUUGUUGCCCAUUUCCAGAAAUUUGGAGAGCUUGUAUGUCGGUGUAAAACUUCAGAUUCCAUAAUCAACCUUAAUAAUUUUGUGUUUGUUGUCCGUUUCCAGAAAUUUGGAGAGCUUGUAUGUGGGUGUAUAACUUCAGAUUCCAUUCUAGAAUCUGAAGGACUGAAAUAACAAUUUUUUAUUGCCAGUGUAUAUAUUUGAGCAGCUCAUUUCAUUUCA